UGAGUUUCACCUGGAAGCCUGAACAUGGGAACAAAUAGCUUUGGGCAACACCAGCUUAAACUGAAAAUGAAUAAAGGGAAUAAGAAGAAUUUCCUUUCUUCUAGUGAAAAUACUGAUAUUACAGUAGGAAGAAAGAAGGCUUUUUUUUUAGUCUACAUAAAGCAAGUGAACAUUUGGAAAGUUCUGCAGUUUGUGAAAUGCUUGUUAUUAUGGCAUUGAUGAUACUGAAGAAAUAACAAAGCCCUGCAGUGUAGAAAGUUGUGUCAUAGAAAUCUUGAUAGUCCAUAAAUGAGAGGAGGCUCAAUAAAAUUUAUGCAACAGAAAAGUGAAUAUGAAGAAAAAGAAUGAUGGUUUCCUGAGUCCAGUCCUUUGAAAAAGAGAGACACAUGCUGCUUCAUAAGGAUACGCCUGAUUUCCAGAAAUAACCAUGUUUUUGUGGCUUAAACUCAUGGCAUUUGGCGUUGCCUUUCUGUGCCAGGAUGCUUUUGCCCAAGCAGGAAAUGAUAAUUUGACCUCUGCCAGCUCUCUCUCCUCUGCGUUACCUACACCUACACGCUCCACAUCAUUCUCACCUCCAAGCACCACUGCAGGAGUUCAGCCAGCAACAACUGGUGCCUCUCCCGCAGCCAGCACACACCUCUCCACGCACACAGGCUCCAGCCCGGCCACAGGACUUGGCCACUCGCAGCAUAGCAGCCCCGCUGCCCUCACCACACGCACUCUCACUGCCUUUCACCAGACUGCAUCAGAUUAUUACAGUUCAACAUCCUUGCACAGCACCACCUCACCAGUCAUCAUGCCAGCAAGCACUGAGACCAUCCCCACUAGCACAAUAGAAAGUACCACCACAACAACAGAAGAACCUUGUGGUAAUGAUAUUGAUUAUGUGAGUAUAGUGGACAGGGAUGACUCAACUGAAGUUAUGCUAAAGAAUCUCAAAAGAAACAGAGAAUAUACUAUUUUGGGAGAUGGUGUGAACGUCACAGUGAAUGCCAGCAACAGCAGUGCAAUACUUAAGAAAUGCAGAAGAUACACAGUUAAAUCUAAAAAUUGUGAAGACAUGUAUCUUACUAUUCCACCUGAUGAAAAAAAAUAUUCUUUUGAAGCCGUGAAGAUUGGAAACAACCUUGCAAAUUUCUCUUUACGAUCUUUAUGUGAUGGUUGCGAAAGUGCCUGUCCUAAUAUCACUGUAAGCUGCACAACAAGUUCCACAAGUUUAAAAGUCCCUGGCAAAUUAGUUGAUAACAGUUUAUUGGUAGAGCCUUUAUUGUCUGACAGUGAGUACACGUGCAAUGUUAUAGUAAGUUUUUUUGAAAAGAACUUUACCAAAGAACGCAACAUAUCCACAGAUUAUGAUCCUCCAGGAGCACCAGAAAACCUUGACGUGAAGUCUGCUGCCAGAAAUGUAACAGUUACGUGGAAGAAGCCUAGCAACACUUCAGAAAAGCAUAUAGAUGGCUAUACUGUGAAAUGCAAUUACAGUAAGGGAAACAAUGUUACCAAGACUGAGACCAGCUUUACUUGUGGCGGUUUAGAACCUUAUACCGUUGGUCACGUGUCCAUAGUUGCAUUUAAAGAAAGCAAGCGUAAAGGUGAAAUAAUUAUAGGAAAACCUGCGGAACACAACUUUACAACAGAAUCUGCAAAACCAGAGAAAGUGACUGACUUCCAAGUAAAAUUGAUAGAUGACAAUGCCGUUGAAGUUGUCUGCAGAAGUCAAAAAGUGUAUGGAAGGUUAACAAAAUUUGAAUUGUCUUGGAGUUCCAGCACUGAGAGUGGCAAGAAUGAGAGCUACGAUAAUUGCCACUUUGUAGAAAAAGGUCUCUCUUACUUGACAAAAUAUACCUUUGAGGUCUCUGUGUUUAAUGGAGAUUAUACAGGAGAGUCAGUAUAUCACGAAAUAAAUACCAGAUAUAACUCGAGGGCCCUGAUUAUAUUCUUGGUGUUCUUGAUUGUUGUGACAUCAAUUGCUUUACUGCUGGUUCUGUAUAAAAUCUACGAUCUUCACCAGAAAAAGCUUAGCAAUUCUUCUGAAGUCAUCAGCCUAGUAGGAGUUAAAGAUGUUGAAACCCAGCUUUUGAACAUAGAGCCAAUACCUUCAGAGAAAUUGUUGGAGACAUACAAGAGGAAGAUUGCUGACGAAGGAAGACUUUUCUUGGAUGAAUUUCAGAGCAUUCCAAGAAUUUUCACUAAAUUUUCAAUGAAGGAGGCUAAGAGGAGCCAUAAUCAGAACAAAAACCGUUACAUCGAUAUCCUUCCAUAUGAUCAUAACCGUGUUGAGCUCUCUGAGAUUCCAGGAGACCCAGGAUCAGACUAUAUCAACGCAAGUUAUAUUGAUGGCUUCAAAGAACCGAGAAAAUAUAUUGCUGCACAAGGCCCCAAGGAUGAAACCACGGAUGAUUUCUGGAGAAUGAUCUGGGAACAGAAGGCAACAAUUAUUGUCAUGGUUACUCGCUGUGAAGAAGGAAACAGGAACAAGUGUGCCCAGUACUGGCCAUCAAUGGAGAAUGGCUCUGCAACAUAUGGGGACAUUAUUGUGAAGAUCAACGAAAGUAAAAUGUGUCCAGACUAUAUAAUUCAGAAACUACACAUCACAAAUGGAAGAGAAAGAACAUCUGGAAGAGAUGUCACUCACAUUCAGUUCACAAGCUGGCCAGACCAUGGAGUUCCUGAGGAUCCGCAUCUCCUUCUCAAACUCCGACGCAGAGUAAAUGCUCUCAGCAACUUUUUUAGUGGCCCAAUAGUGGUUCAUUGCAGUGCUGGAGUGGGGCGCACUGGGACCUAUAUUGGAAUUGAUGCUAUGCUGGAGGGGCUGGAUGCAGAAGGCAGAGUGGAUGUUUAUGGCUACGUUGUGAAGCUGCGCCGGCAGCGGUGCCUCAUGGUUCAAGUAGAGUCACAGUACAUCCUUAUCCAUCAAGCACUAGUGGAAUACAAUCAGUAUGGAGAAACAGAGGUCAGUCUCUCAGAACUACAUUCCUAUCUUAAAAAUCUGAAAAGAAAAGAUCCUCCAAGUGAACCUUCUCUGCUGGAGGCAGAAUUUCAGAGACUGCCUUCCUAUAAGGGAUGGCGGACACAGAACACUGGGAAUCGAGAGGAAAAUAAAAACAAAAAUAGGACUGCCAACACAAUUCCAUAUGACUUUAACCGAGUGCCAAUCAGAAGUGAAGAGGAACAAAGUAAGGAGGGUGACCAUGAUUCAGAGGACUCCUCAGAUGAAGACAGUGACUGUGAAGAAUCAAGCAAAUACAUUAAUGCUUCCUUCAUAACUGGUUACUGGGGUCCAAAAGCCAUGAUUGCAACACAGGGACCACUGCAGGAGACUAUCUCUGACUUCUGGCAAAUGGUAUUCCAAAGAAAAGUCAAAGUCAUUGUUAUGCUGACAGAGCUGAAAGAAGGGGAUCAGGAACUCUGUGCACAGUACUGGGGAGAAGGAAAACAAACGUAUGAUGGCAUAGAAGUUCAAAUGACAGAUGUCAACUGUUGCUCUAGCUACACCAUACGCGCAUUUGAUGUCACAAACCUGAAGAGGAAAGAAACACAGAAGGUAUACCAGUAUCAAUAUCACAAGUGGAAUGGAUUGGAUGUUCCAGAAGACCCCAAAGAUUUAGUCAACAUGAUUCUAAGCCUUAAACAAAAAGUCCCAUCCAGACCAACCUCUGAGGACAAUAGGAACAGCCGCAGUGUCCCACUUGUCGUCCACUGCUGUGAUGGAUCUCAGCAGACUGGUGUGUUUUGUGCUUUGAUGACCCUUUUGGAAAGUGCAGAAACUGAAGAAGUAAUAGAUGUUUUCCAAGUAGUGAAAGCUCUUCGUCGCAGCAGACUUGGAGUGGUCUCCACCUUUGAACAUUACCAAUUUCUGUAUGACACCAUUGCUAGUACCUACCCUGCACAGAAUGGACAAAUAAAGAGCAGCCAGCAGGAAGAUAAGGUUGAAUUUUGCAAUGAAGUAGAGAAAAAAGAUCAGGAAACUGAUUUGAUCACUAUUGAUCUUACUCCAUCCGCUUCAGAGGAAAAUGAGGCUCCUGAAUUUUGCGAUGAUUUGAAGGCUGCAGAUACCACUAAGGGGACAGAAAGUUCUACGAAUGGGCCCACAACUCCAGUUUUAACUUAAAAAUUUUUUUCAUAAGAAGUAUAUUUUUAUACAAAAAAAAAAAAUCUUAACCAAAGUAAGAAACAUGAUUUUUCCCCCCUCCCACCUUUUUGGAAAACAUUUAUAUUGAAUUUUCAAAGGUACAAAUUUAAAGUGAUACUUGAAACUUCUAGAAAGUGGCGAAGAACUGUGGAAGUUUAAUUUUUGUGUAGAUUUGCAUCUAAUACUUCAAAAACCUCUUCAUGAUCUUUGUACUUUUCCAUUUAAAAAUAUGUACAGUGUAAUACUAUAUUCUUAUUUUGAGCAGUGGGAAGUUUUUUUCUUCACUUCUGUAAGAAGGAGAAAAGCAACUCAACACACCACGACUAGUGUGUUGCUAAAGCAGGUCUGUGUUCAAAGCUAUUAGCAAGCAAAGCAACAUAAUCAGUAAGCAUGUCUCCUAUCAUUUCAGGACUUCUGACUAAGUACUGUUUUAAUAAUACUCUGAGGAACUUGUGGGACAAUUUCAAGAGCCUAACAUUUACACUGAGUGCCAGUUCCAGGGGUUACCAAGAUUCUGACCCUCCAUCCUCCCGAAUCAAUGUGGAUCAGAAGUUUUGCAUUUUUCUAUCUUGCCUCAAGAUGUCCUUGUUGCUCCACAGAAAUUCAUCUGUGAUUUCAAUAUUAAACUCAAAGAAGAAAGUUUGGAGAUUUAAAUGGUUGCAACCGUUCUGACAGAAAACGCAUUCUGUUUAUUCUUAGAGAUGGAAAUACUGCAUGCUUGCACAUUUCUUAUGCUUAUAUCCCGUGAUUUAAAGAGAAUACUUCCACAAAUGCACAGCUUGUUUUCAGAGCUGGAAAAUAAUUAAAUGCUUGUCUCUGAACUGUAGAUUUUGGCUAGUACAGGGAUUUUAUUUUAUUUUUCAGAUUUUGUAUGUUAUAGUUGUGAUAAUUUUACUGUUUCUUGCUGCAUUUUAGCAAAUUAGUUAACAAAGAUUGUUUUGUUCUACUGAAGUCUCUAAAAUGGUCAUUUUCUUCUAAAGGCACAAAAUCUUGCUCUAUCCAGCAUAUAGAUUAAAAAACAAACAAACAAAUUUCAGUAGGAAAACACACCAUUAAAUUCUUAUGAAAUUGUGUGAGCCUG